UUACAGACACGCCGGCUUGAGCAUUGGUAUUCUUAGUAAUGAAUAGGAAACCAUAAUUUGUGGAAUUCAUAUUCAGAGCUCAAAGAUAUGCAUAAAUAACAACUUGGUAACCAUAACAGGUUUGUAAUAAGCUGCAUACCACAGUUCAGAGUUGAAACUGAAGAUGGGGGAAGCUACAGAGAGGUAUGCAGUGGUGACAGGAGCAAAUAAAGGGAUUGGAUUAGAGAUAGUUAGGCAGUUAGCUUCAGAAGGAAUAAAGGUGGUACUCACUGCAAGGAAUGAAGAGAGGGGUCUUCAAGCAUUGGAGACACUCAAAGCCUCUGGUCUUUCUCAUCUACUGUUGUUUCAUCAGAUAGAUGUGGCUCAUGCUGCAAGUGUAGCUGCUUUUGCAGAUUUUAUCAAAUCCAAAUUUGGUAAACUUGAUAUUCUGGUUAACAAUGCGGGAAUCAAUGGAGUUGUAAUUGAAGACAGAGACUUAUUCACUACAGUCAUCGUGAAUCGUGGGGUGAUACCAGAUGAGGAAGCAACAAGGGCAGUGACUCAAACAUAUGAAUUAGCAGAAGAAUGCUUGCAAAUAAAUUACUAUGGCGCUAAAAUAACUAUAGAAUCCCUUAUGCCCCUCUUGCAAUUAUCUGACUCUCCAAGAAUUGUGAAUGUAUCAUCCACUCUCGGGCAAUUAGAGAGUUUCCCUAAAAAAUCAUGGGCAAGAGGAGUGUUGAGUGAUGGUGAUAAGCUGACAGAAGAGAAAGUGGAUGAAAUAGUGAAGAAAUUUCUAAGUGAUUACAAAGAAGGUUCAUUAGAGAGUAAAGGGUGGCCAAGGUAUCUAGGUGCCUAUAUUGUGUCGAAAGCUGCUAUGAAUGGCUACACGAGAAUCCUUGCUAAGAAACAUCCUUCAUUCUGCAUAAACAGUGUUUGCCCUGGUUACGUGAAGACAGAUAUAACAUCAAACACUGGUGUUCUAACAGUUGAAGAAGGUGCUGCUAGUCCUGUCAAGCUUGCAUUGCUUCCCAAUGGCUCUCCAUCUGGUCUCUUCUAUUUCAGAACUGAUGUCGCUUCCUUUUGAUUUCUAUUUAUGCAAUUUUCUGGUUUGCGGAUAAAACCAGUGAUUUUACUUCUCAAUUGUUGAACCUGUUUCAAGCACAUUAUAUCAUGUUGUAUUAAACUUGUGUUGUUUGUAUCUUAAAGUCUAAACUGUGUAUGCAAUAAAGUUAAUAUUUAAGUACUA